GUUUGUAAUUUUUAUUUAAUGUACGUGUGUAGUGUAUAGAUAAGAAUGUAGAGCUGAUAGACUUCUUUAAUUAGUAGAUAAGUUCGUAGUUAGAUAGAUCCUAUAAUUUAGGAUCUGAACAGUAAGGUUGUUAUCUUGUUAUCUGUACUCUGUAUAUAUACUACUGCGGGAUGGCUCAAUAAUAUUCAAGGAAGAUUAUUUCCUAAAACCUACAACAUAAAAUAUAAGGAGCAUUUGGCAAGAAUAGUUGAUCGACCAAAACACUCUUAGCAAUACCUGUUUAGCAUGUGUCAUCAGACUUGAUAAAGGGAGACACCACUAGAUCAUCAAAGGAGGAGGUGGUUAAACUAACCGCUGAGAUGCAUGAAAUGUUAGAAGAAUUGAAGAAGAACUUAACUCUGGCUCAGAAUAGAAUGAGGCAACAAGCUAAUAGACAAAGGCGAGAGGUGCAACUAGAAGCAGGGGAUCGGGUUUACCUCAAGAUUCAGCCUUACAAAUUGAAGCAUGGCUAAGAAGAUCAAUAAAAAACCGAGCCCUAGGUUUAUGGGCCCUUUGAGGUCAGUGAGAAGAUCAAUGAGGUAGCUUACAAGCUGAAGUUACCUGAGGGGUGUGCAGUACAUCCUGUGUUCCACAUAUCCUUGUUAAAGAAAUCCUUGACAAACAAUGCACAGUGCCAACCACUGCCAAGCCACUGCCAAGCUGUCUGUCUGAAGAAUGGAAGUUUGAUAGGUACCUCGGAAAUACAGACAGAUUACAAGCAAUAAUCCAGUAAUUCACACACAAACAGAUGAAUCACAAGGACAAAGAUCAGAAAUCAACAGGAGAAAUCUUAUUCAACCAGAAACAGUAAACAGUAUACAAGCCCAAAAGUAGGAGAUAGAACUCCCGCUUUCCCAUUCCCAGUUCAGAGGUCCAAAAGCCUGCCUUCCUACAGCUGACUUAUUCUAUUUAUAUCCCUCCAUAAGGAGAGGGUAGUUAUUAGUUAACAACAGCAACAACUAAUAACAAACUAAUCUACUUGGGCCUUCUAGAAUAAACUUGUCCAAAGAACUUAUUCUUAUUAAGUAAACUAGCCGGGUCCCUAUCAAUGCCCCCUCUUGAACUACCAAUUUGUCCUCAAGUUGGAGAUCUGGGAACUGGUCUUUAAUCAUCUGAGCAUCCUCCCAUGAGUCUUCAAAGUCAGGAAGUUCCUUCCAGUGUAUAAGAACCUCCUUCUUCCCUUCCUGAUUUACCCUGAAAUCUCUCACAUCUUUAGGUCUCACCUGCAAUUCACAACCUUGAUUCUGAUAGUGUACAGUUGGCUUCAGUACUUUAUUCAGUAAGGAAAUGUGGAAUACAGGAUGUAUUCUACUUCCUUCAGGCAGUUUGAGUUUGAAUGCUACAGGAUUCAGCUUCUCAAUGAUAUCAAAUGGACCAUAAAACCUAGGACUGAGCUUUUGGUUAAUCUUUUUGGUCAGACUCUUCAUCUUAUAGGGUUGUAUCUUCAGAAAAACCUUGUCUCCAAUUUCUAACUUUUCUUCCCUCCUAUGCUUAUCAGCUUAUUGCUUCAUCAAGUUCUGAGCUUUAGCCAGAUUUUCCUUCAAUUCAGACAACAUCAUGUUCCUUUCAGCAGUCAAUUUAGCUACUUCUUCUACUGCAGUCACUUCCACAUCUCCCCACAUCUCCCCUGAUUAUAGGGAAAGAGGUUGCCCAAAUGGAGCUUGAUAAGGGAUACCUCUUAGUGAGUUAUGAUAGUUGGUGUUAAACCAAUACUCAGCCCAAGGGAGCCAUUUCACCCACUGCCGAGGUUUCUGACCUGUAAUGCACCUUAGAUAAGUUUCCAGACAUCUAUUCACCACUUCAAUCUGCCCAUCACUUCCAGGAUGAUAUGCAGUGUUGUACCUUAGCUUUGUUCCAGCUAAUUUGAACAAUUCAGACCAGAAAGUACUGAGGAAUAGACUAUCUCUGUGAUACGAACAGAAAAAAAAAAAUCAACGGGGUGAACCGUUGCCCAGAUAAUCAACGAUAAAUAAAUACUGUUGCCCAGAGCCAAAAGGCUAAACCAACUUUUAUUCCAAGAUGAGCAAGAAUGAAUCCUAACAAGGGGUUUAAAUUCCCAUCUACUAAAUCUUAAACUAGGAAACAAAAUCCUAGAGAUCCUAAUCAACUCCAACUAGGAAACAGAAUAAUAAAGAUCCUAAUCAACUUUAAAUAGGAAAGAAAUAAUAGAGAUUCUAAUCAACUCCUAAUAGGAAACAAAUAUUAGAAAUCCUAAUUAACUCCUAAUUGGAAACAAAUCAGGACAAUUAAAAAGAAUAAAUAUUAAUUAAGCAGCCCGUAACCAGCCCACGGAGGUGGGCUCAAGCCCAUCCCGCCUUCAGUAAACCCACGGGGGCUUCUUCCCCUGUUCUUCCAAGCCCAGAUUCUGCUUCAUAUCACUCUGUCACUAAAAAUGGACCUGGAAAAUCCAUGAAUCUUUACCACAUCCUGAAUAAAGACUCCAGUCACUCCUUUAGCAUUGAAAAGAUGUGCAAGUGGAAUAAAGUGUGAAAACUUGGUCAACCUGUCAAUCACUACCAUAAUUGUAUCCUUACCCUAUGACUUGGGUAUAGGUAUAGGUAAGGGUUGCAACAAUCUUGCAGGCUUUAGAGCCUGAUAUUUGUUUCUUUGGCAUACUUCACACCCUUGGAUAUAAUCUCUAAUUUCAGCUUUCAUUCCCUCCCAAAAGAACAGAUUUGAAAUCCUCUUCAUUGUCCUGAAAUAGCCAGAGUGACCCCCUGAGUCAUGGUACUCCUUGAGAACGGAUAAUAUUCUGGGGGAACCUUUGGGGUAACCUCAACCUCCCUUUAUAGUAUAAUAAUCCCCCUUUCAUUGUGUAAUCCUUGUAUUGAUCUGGUUGUACCAUCAUCCUUUGUAUAAUUUCCCCACAUUUACUGUCCCUUUGCAAUUCUUCCUCCAACCCAUUCCACUCUUGGCAUGUGACUGUAGAUAGAGCUGCAUAAGUUGAUUUCCUUGAACGGGAUAAGCUGCUUUGUUUUCUAUUCCCGGCUUGUACUUGAUUAUGAAGUUAUACCCCAUAAGCUUAGCUAUCCACCUUUAUUGAUCCUCCCCCAUGACCUUUUGCUCAGUUAAAUACUUCAAACUCUUUUUGUCAGUGUGGACCUCAAAGUGUCUUCCCAAAAGGUAAUGUCUCCAUUUUUGGACAUCAAAAACUAUGGCCAUAAGCUCUUUUUCAUAAAUGGAUUUGGUCAGAUACUUAGUUGAUAGCUCCUUGCUCAUAUAAGCAAAUUUCUCAGCCAUGUUAUCCGCCAUAUUGUUCUGUAAUUCUCGCAUCCUCUGUUCCAGUCGAUCAUGCAUUUCUCUUUGAUUCCUUCCAAAUUCCACCAUAUUUCUUUCCACCUCAUUCAUUCCUCCUUCCAUUUUGGCGAGCGUAUAUCUCAUCCAGCGAUUGCCAGUCUCUCAUACCAAUGAUAGGUACCUCGGAAAUACAGACAGAUUACAAGCAAUAAUCCAGUAAUUCACACACAAACAGAUCAAUCACAAGGACAAAGAUCAGAAAUCAACAGGAGAAAUCUUAUUCAACAAGAAACAGUAAUCAAUAUACAAGCCCAAAAGUAUGAGAUAGAACUCCCGCUUUCACAGUCCCAGUUUAGAGGUCCAAAAGCCUGCCUUCCUAUAGCUGACUUAUUCUAUUUGUUAGACAGACUAAUAGAUAGUCGGUUAUGUUUGUUAGUCUGUUUAGUAUUAUUGUUGGCUUUGUUGAGUUAGUUUGAGCUGAGCUUUGUAUGACCUGGCCAGUCUAUAAAUACUUUGUAUCUUCUUUCACAAUCAAUAAGAUCAGUUUAUGUUUCUUCUCAUAUAUUUUCUAAUAUGGUAUCAGAGCUCUGCUCGAUCCAUUAAUGGCGACCACCGAAACUACAGAUUCCACCUCCAGUUCUUCUUCCACCACCAAAACAACUCCAAUAAUCUUUAUGCAUCCUCUUCCCGUAAAAUUAGACUCCAACAAUUUCCUUUUCUGGAAGCACCAUGUUGAAUCAGUUGUUCGUGCUCACAAACUACUUCCAUAUCUGAUAAAACCUAAAAUUCCAGUUCGAUUUCUUAGUCGCGAAGAUGAAUCCAAUGGAGUCGAUAAUGAAGCAUACACCAACUGGGAACAACAAGAUCAGAUGCUCUUUUCAUGGCUUCUGACGUCUCUAUCUGAAACUUUUCAUGCCAGAGUCAUUCACUGCAGGCAUUCGCAUCAACUAUGGACUAAAAUAACGAAGUAUUUUCACUCGCACAUCAUCGCAAAAGCAAGACAACUUAAAUCCGAGCUCUAUAAUACUGUCAAAGGUGAUCGAUCAAUCUCUGCUUAUCUUCUACGCAUACAGACUAUUGUUGAUAACCUAACUUCUAUCGGAGAACCUAUUUCUGCGAAGGAUCAUGUGAAUGUUAUUCUCGAAGGUCUCCCUGAGGAAUAUGAAUCUCUAGCUUCAUCUAUAUCCUCUACAAGUGUUCUAGAUCCUGUCACUCUCUCUGAAGUUGAGUCUCUCUUAUCUGCAAAAGAAAUGUGUCUGCAAAAACUUCGUGAUUCCUCACAAUAGACAUUGUUCUCUGCUAAUGUUGCUCGGCUUGAAAUAUCCCUUCAGAAUACUGCUCCAAUAUCUCAAGCUCCUUCAGAUAAUGCUUCAGUUCAAGUUGCUCAGUACAACAACUCGGAAAAUCACUCUUAUCGAGGCAGAGGUCGUGGAAAUUCUAGCAGAGGCCGUGGUGGUGGUCGUUUUGGUGGAAGAAAUCCGGUUGUUUGCAAAGUCUGUGGCAAAAAUGGACAUCAUGCCCUUAUAUGUUAUCAUCGAUAUGAUCCAGCGUAUACUGCACCUGCACCAAUUCCUCAAUACUCACAGUAUCCAAAUCCAUCACCCAAUUCAUCAUCACAAAGAUCAACUUCCCACAUUCCUCAUCCUACUGGUCCAAAUCAUCUUACUCCACCUCCACAACCUUUCAACUGGAACCAACAAUCCUUUAACCCUUCAGAAUCCUGCACCCUAUAAUAACCCUCUCAAUGCUCCAACCUAUAUUCCUGCACCCUAUCAUACCUCAUCUAAUCCCUCACCAAGUGUUGUUUGGGCCUAUGCUACUCCAUCUGUCCUAGGACCUGCACCACAAUCUCAAAGCUGGUUCCCGGAUUCUGGUGCCACGCAUCAUGUGACAGCUGAUCCUCUCAACCUUCAACGUAGUGAGACUCUUGCUACUACUGAUAAACUCUUCAUGGGUAAUGGUCAAGGUGUGGAUAUUAAGUCUAUAGGUUCUUCUAUUUUUCCUUCACCUUAUCAUUCAUCUAUGCAUCUCUCACUUAAUAACAUUCUUCAUGUUCCCACUAUCACUAAAAAUCUCUUAAGUGUCAGUCAAUUUGCAAAAGAUAACCUUGUUUUCUUUGAGUUUCAUCCUUAUGAUUGUUUUGUCAAAUCGCAGGUUUCUAAGCAAAUCCUUUUACAUGGUUCUCUUAGAGAAGAUGGUCUCUACAAGUUUCAGUCAAUUCCUCUACACUCACAUCCAUCAGUUG